UAUAAGCUCUACACGUCGCCGAGAAAUCAGAAAUAUACGCACAGGUGAACGUAUCUUGAAAUUUAAUAAAUAUUAAAAAAUGCGGCUAACAUAUCUAUUGUUAGUUCUUGCCAUAAUCUUUGUUAUGGUGAUUAUCGAUGUUUCCGAAGCAGAAUCAAUAGCUCUUUCUGAAGCCGACGCAAUCGGUGAAGCCGACGCAAUAGGUGAAGCCGAUUCAUCUGGUUCUUUCGGUUCGAUAGCGCGCAGAAUUGCAAAAUCAAAAGCGAUGAGGAAAAUGGCUCAAAGAAUGGCUAAAAAAUUGGCUAGAAAAAUAGUUAAAGAAAUGAUGGAACAUGGUGCAGAGCAAGCUGCAGAACAAGAUGCGCAAUAAGGAAUUAUAAAACCUAAAAUAUGAACUACGCACACAAAUAUAUGUAUAUAUAUGUAUAUAUA